AAUCGUGUGACAGUACGAGUUCGUCAGCGAGCGGUGGCGGUUUACAUAGUAGAUGUCUUAUGUGCGUGUGUGUCAAAAUAUAUAUAUAUUGAAAGCGACGUAAAGUGCGACUAAACAAACAAUCUGUUUCAUCUGUGUUCGCGUGAAAUUGCGCAAAACAUUUACUAUCAUAUUGUCGACAUUUGCAACACCUAAAAAACUUGUCACUAUGAAGAUGUACGUUGCAGCAACAGUUGCGCUUUUUCUGUUGGCCACAAUCCAAACGACGCCAACAGCUGCCGAGGAACAGGAGACACAGAGCACCGAUGAGCCGAUCAGCGAGCCGCCCAUCAAAUUGGUCCAUGUGCUGAAUCCUGGAGAGCGAGAAUAUCUCUCGCCCAAUUUGAUUGGCGUGCAGAAUAUAGCGAUGUCCUUUCUUCCGCUCUCGAUGAACUUUGUGAAUAUCAUCGAUGCCUUUCGCGAAAUUGUGAAUGGGGUGCGCUACGAAAUACUCUUGAAUGCAGUUGAUACCAAGGCCAAGGAUGCGGACACAAUAUGUCGUCUGGUGAUACUGGAGAAACCCUGGCUAACCACCCAGUGGGGCGACAAGCAACGCGAGCUGGUCAACACCAAUUGCAGCGAUGUGGCCGACAACGCCUUGGCCGUCGAUCCCGAGGAGCGGGCCAAGGCGCUCAACGAGAAAUAUCUCUCCCGCGAUAGGCGCGGCUUGAACGAUGUGCCCUUGGGUGGCAGCAAGCCCUUUGACGAGAAGCAGGCGGAGGAGCAGCUGCAGCAAACUCUGGACAAGCUAACCGCUGGCGAGGGACCGCACUACAAAAUUGUCAAAGUGUAUUCGGCCUCGCGUCAACUGGUCUCUGGCACCUUGACUCGCAUCGAUGCGGAUCUGAUUGACGGGAAUGAGGAACAGCGUCGCUGCAUUGUUGAGAUCUGGGCACAGCCUUGGCUGGCGCAGGGUCACGAAAUUACGUUCAAGUGCCACAACCAGCCGGCGGUGCAUGCGCGGCACAGUCGCUCCGUGGAAUGGGCCGAGAAGAAGACGCACAAGAAGCACAAUCAUCAUUCGCUCAACAAGGUGGAUCAUCUGUUCCACGUGUUCCAGAUCAAAUACAAGCGUCGCUAUGCCAACAGUGUGGAGCAUCAGAUGCGCCUGCGCAUCUUCCGCCAGAACUUGAGAACGAUCCAGGAGUUGAACGACAAUGAACAGGGUAGCGCUAAGUAUGGCAUCACCGAGUUCGCUGACAUGACUAGCACGGAGUACACACAGCGCGCCGGCCUCUGGCAGCGCAGCGAAGAUAAGCCAACAGGGGGAGCAGCUGCCGUGGUACCGCCCUAUCCGUCGGCCGAGCUGCCCAAGGAGUUCGACUGGAGGCAGAAGAAUGCAGUGACGCAAGUCAAGAACCAAGGUUCAUGCGGCUCCUGCUGGGCAUUCAGUGUCACCGGCAACAUUGAGGGCUUGUAUGCCAUUAAAACAGGUGAACUGCAGGAGUUCUCUGAGCAGGAGCUGCUCGACUGCGAUUCGACAGAUAGCGCCUGCAAUGGCGGCCUAAUGGACAAUGCCUACAAAGCCAUCAAGGACAUUGGCGGCCUGGAGUAUGAGUCCGAGUAUCCCUAUUUGGCAAAGAAGAAGCAAUGUCAUUUCAACAAGACGUUGUCCCACGUGCAAGUCGCUGGCUUUGUGGAUCUGCCCAAGGGCAAUGAGACUGCCAUGCAGGAGUGGCUCUUGGCCAAUGGACCCAUAUCAAUUGGCCUCAAUGCCAAUGCCAUGCAGUUCUAUCGGGGAGGCGUCUCGCAUCCCUGGGGGCCGCUCUGCAGCAAGAAAAAUCUCGACCAUGGCGUUCUGAUUGUUGGCUAUGGCGUUUCCGACUAUCCCAACUUCCACAAGACGCUGCCCUAUUGGAUCGUCAAGAACUCGUGGGGUCCCCGUUGGGGCGAGCAGGGCUACUAUCGCGUUUAUCGUGGCGACAACACCUGCGGCGUCAGCGAGAUGGCCACCUCAGCGGUGCUCGCCUAGACACUCUAUGCAGAUAUAUAUAAAUAUAAAUACAAAUAUGUUCAUGUUUGAGCUACAGCACAAAGUUCUUUUGGCUUGCAGUUUGCAUUUUACGUUCCGUAACCACGCGACACUUAUUAUUUUCGCUACAUAAUCGCUCAAUCACGUGUAAUCCACUUGUAAUCCAUUAACAACCAUCAUAUACAAUGUUCUAAGACAACGCAGCAUAUACUGAAAUAAAUUUAAAUUACGUAUUGUAAA